AUGGGAUCGUCCACCAGAUACAGACUCUCCAUGCAGACGAGUCUGCCGCUCUGGGAAGUCUCGACCGGCGAAAUGGGCCAGACGACAACCAGACGGACGGGUCGUAGCAGACGGUCUUCUCUGAGUCCUGGUGACGCAGCAGAGGAGCCUCCAGCUCGGAUUGUCGGUAAAUGCCCGGCAGACGGACGGUCUGCUCUCCGCCCAGGAGCUGUGCUCGUACGGAAGAAUGGGAUCGUCCACCAGCUCCAGACUCUCCAUGCAGACGAGUCUGGCCCUCUGGGAAUCCUUAAUCGGCGAAAUUGGCGCCUAGCUACAGGACGCCGGUGGGCCCGUCGGGGGCUCCAAGGACAGAAGAGCCCAACCCAGUCGACAACCAAACGGACAGAUCGUAGUGCACGGCCUCCUUCGAGUCCUGGUGACGAGGCAGAAGAUGCUCCAGCUCGGACUGACGAGUCCACCGCUCUGGAAAGCUUCGGCCCGCGAAAUGGGCCCGUCGGCAACUCUAAGGACAGAACAGCUCCACCCAGUCGACAAGCAGACGGACGUGUCGUAGUACACGGCCAACUCCGAGUCCUGGAGACGAGGCAGAAGAGCCUCCAGCUCGGAUUGGUUAGUAGUUCUCCUCCUAGUUCUCUCCCUUCAACGCCAACUGGUACGUGGCCACCUAAGGCGCGUAGGCGGGAUGCAAAUACUGCAGCCAUUGCUGCUGCAUCCAUUCAUCCAUCAACCAUUGGGCCAGGCCCGGCAGACGAGUCCGCCGCUCUGGAAAGACUCGGCCCGCGAAAUGGGCCCCGGACUGCCGGGGGCCCGUCGCCAACUCUAAGGACAGAACAGCUCCACACAGUCGACAACUAG